AGUUUGCCUUUCGCCUUGUCGAGCAGUAGACACCACCACCAAGCACUAUGACCACGCUGCAAUUCCCCGACGGCUUCAUGUGGGGCACCGCCACCGCCUCGUACCAGAUCGAAGGCGCCGCCCACGAAGGCGGCCGCGGCCUCAGCAUCUGGGACGCCUUCUCCAAGACGCCUGGCAAGGUCCUCGAAGGCCACACCGGCGACAAGGCUGUCGACCACUACCACCUCUACAAGGAAGACGUCCAGCUCAUGGCCAACAUGGGCCUCCAGCACUACCGCCUCUCCAUCUCGUGGCCGCGCAUCCUUCCGACGGGCCGCAUGGACCACAUCAACGAGGAAGGCAUUGCGUUCUACAACAACCUCAUCGAUGAGCUGCUGGCGCAUGGCAUCACGCCGAUUGCAACGCUGUACCACUGGGACCUCCCGCUGGCGCUUCAGACCGAGUUUGACGGUCUCCUCGGCGGCAAGGUGCUCGUUGAUGCGUUCGCUGCGUACGCGCGCCUCUGUUUUGAGCGGUUUGGCGACCGCGUCAAGAAGUGGCUGACGCUCAACGAGCCGUGGUGCUCGGCCAUCUUGGGCCACGGCUCGGGCGACAUGGCGCCGGGCCGCAAGCACAAGUGCAAGACCGAAGUGUACACGGCAGGUCACAACCUGCUCUUGUGCCACGCGCACGCCGUCAACGUCUACCGCACCGAGUUCCAGGAGGCGCAGGGCGGCCAGAUUGCGAUCACGCUCAACUGCGACUGGCGCGAGCCCAAGCCGUCGGACGACCCUGUCGAGCAGGCGCAGAACGCCGACGCCGCCGAGCGCCACCUCCUCUUUGACCUUGGCUGGUUUGCGGACCCCGUCUACUUUGGCGACUACCCCGAGGUCAUGAAGACGCGCCUCGGCGACCGCCUCCCGCGCUUCACGCCCGAAGAGUCGGCGCUCCUCAAGGGCUCGAGCGAUUUCUUUGGCUUGAACCACUAUGGCACGGCGUACGUCGAGCCCUCGGACGCGUACCUCGCCAACGAGGUCUGUGGCCACGAAGGCGUCAUCUGGGAGGACGUUGGCACCAAGCAGACCUCGGACGAUGCGUGGCUGCGCACCGACAUGGGCUGGAACGCCGUGCCGUGGGGCUUCCGCAAGCUGCUCAUGUGGAUCCAAGCCCGGUACGCGCCGGCGGGUGGUAUCAUCGUCACCGAGAAUGGCUGCGCGGUCGCCGACGACGACCAAGCCGCGGCUGCCAACGACGUCUUCCGCGUCAACUUUUACCGCGGGUACCUCGCCGAGAUGCACAAGGCCAUCACCGAGUUCAACGUCGACGUCCGGGGCUACUAUGCGUGGUCGUUCAUCGACAACUACGAGUGGGCCUUUGGCUACACCAAGCGGUUUGGUCUGCACUGGGUCAACUACGAGACGAUGGAGCGCAUGCCGAAGGCGUCGGCCAUCUGGUACGGCCACGUCCUGCGCUCCAACUCGCUCGCGCUCGAAGACGAGUACAAUAGCAAGUCGCCCGAGGGCAGUGUCGCCGCCGCACCGCUUGCCACGUCGUAUUAGGCAUGUUGAAGUUGUCAAGAAACGGCGAUUUUGUAUGGUAUAGUGAGCGCCUGUGCAUCGAACUCUCUCCAUGCGCGUGCUUG